CAGGGCACUGCUAUUACAGGGUGGAGCCUCCUUGGAACUGUCCAAGUAAGGGUGAGCUAAGUUUUCCAGAGCGGGGGUGCCUGUGGUGGAGAAGGCAUGCAGGAAAGGAACGCGGGCGCCAGCGCCAGCAUGAACGAGCGAAUGAACUCCGUGGAGGUCUUCGACGGUAUCCGCUUCCCAGGGUUCAUGCACAGCCAGGAGUCCCUACGGGCAGCCUGUGGCUUCCAGUUCAAGGACACAGACAUCCUCCUGGUGACGUUCCCCAAGUCAGGUACCACGUGGAUGCAACAGGUCCUGAGUCUGAUCUUCUGUGAAGGCUGCCUGUGGCCCAUUCACCACCUUCCCAACUGGGCCCGUGCGCCCUGGAUGGAGCAAAUCUCUUUCAGCCACUUAGUCACGCAGCUCAACACCUCCUGGCCUCGCCUGCUCACCACCCACCUGCCUGCCAAAGCGCUGGCCGCAGCUCUGAGGACGUCCAAAGCCCGGGUGAUCUAUGUGGCACGGAACCCCAAGGAUGUGCUGGUCUCCUUCUACCACUUCCAUAAAAUCGCUGGCUUCCUGCCUGACCCCAGUUCCUUCGAGAACUUUGUAGAUGAGUUUCUUAAGGGUACAGGUUUCUUUGGCUCCUGGUUUGAUCAUGUGAAGGGGUGGCUGGGCCUCCAGCAGGACCUGAAUUUGCUUCUUGUCACCUAUGAGGAGCUGCAACAGGAACCUCGGGCCACCAUCCGGAAGCUCGGUGAGUUCCUGGGGCAUUCGCUGGGGCCACAAGAAGAGGCGGUCAUUCUGAAGCACUGCACUUUCUCCUUCAUGAGCCAGAGCAGCAUGGUCAACUACAGCCUGCUGCCCAAGGACAUCAUGGACCAGAGCCGGGGCAAGUUCCUGCGGAAAGGUGUGGUGGGGAACUGGAAGGAGCACUUCACUCCUGAGCAGGACGAGAAGUUCAAUGUCGUCUACAAGGCCCAGAUGGGCGACUCUGGCCUCUGCUUCCCCUGGACCAUGGACUGAGGAGCCCAGCCUGCUCCAGAGCGUCUGCACUCCCAACCUGCUCUUCUGCUCCCCUGGCCUGACAUUAAAAACUCAUGUUGCCUGCUGUUCAGAUCCUGUCUCAGCUCCAGCCUGGGCCUAUGCAUUCCAAAGCCCUUCUUCCUGGGACUUGAGGAAGACCACGCAGCCCUUCUGCCCCCUAAACCCUGCUCCAUCCCCUGGGCUGCAAUCCCAAAGCUUUCUGUCAGGGCUCAGGGAGGUUUCCAUGGGAGCUCCCUCUUGAGUGACACUGAGGAUGUGCCCAUGUGCUUUUGCUGGGGCCAUUCUCUGCUGGGUGCCUGUGUCCUCCAACUCCAGCUGGCAGAGGGGAGACGUUGUCCACAAGGCUCUGCUGUGGUGAGAAGAUUUGGGAGCCCCCACUCCCACCCCCACCCCAUGGGGGUCUGGCUGCUUCACCUUUCCUGGCUCCUGAGGAUAAGAUGAGGCCGGGCCGUGUGGGCUCUCACACACUUGAGACCUCAUGACUGGGCCACCUGAGGAUGACUGAACCCAGCACUUUUUCUGUCCUGAGUGGAGUGCCUACCUCUUCCAGGAAAGAGAUAGUCAGAGAAGCAAAGCUGGCUGCUCAGGACACAGCUCCCUUGGCCACUGUCAGCACGGCCAGCCUGCUGCUUAUUGUGAUAGUCUGACUCUGUCCCCAGGGGCUAAUGCCUGUCUGCUGAAAAGAAAGUCAUGAUUAAAAACAAGUCACAUGUUCUCAACGUAGGACAGCACAAAGUAAACACUUCCAAUCAAAAAAGGAGGAAUGGCUAGCUGUGGUGGUGCA